AAUUCUACAGAGCACCAGUAGCUCAGGUUGAGAAUGCCAACAAAGUUGUUAAGAGCCAUUUGAAUCGAAUUCUACAACAUAUGACAAAAGAUGAAAGUGCUAGGACUUGUCCUUUGCUUCUACCAGGUAUCAGUAGCAUCAUGAACAACACAUGGCAUCAAACCAUCGACGACAUUCCUUUCUGUAUCUAUCACACCAGAGAUCCUAUUGCAAUGCGACACCACAUUAUUUCGGAUGAUCUAAUGUGGCUGAAAAAACACACAGAGAAUGUUAACCCUAUUAUAUCUGAGCUUUUUUGGCCCUUGUAACCCUGGGGGACACAAUGAAAGUGGAGCUCUCUAGGACACUCGCCGUUUUUCACUCAAAACCCCAAUUUCAAGGGUCUGAGACAGCACUGUUUCCUCGCUAUAUUGAUCCUCUGUGCAAAGGGUCAAUACCGCGGGCAAUUAUCGCUGUGCUGCAGCACUCUCGUACGAACGCAAUGUUGUCACCCUGGUUUGGGUCACAACAUAAAAUAAAAUGUCCAGCGUCCCAGAAAAUUUUCCAACAUAUAAUAAAGCAAUGAGUUUCUUUAGAAAUGCAAUUAGUAAAUUAUAUAGCGCUGUAUCUGCACCAGUGGCAGCAACACGUGAUGCACUCGCAGAGAGACUGCAGAGUGUGCGUGAAACUGCUUCUUUAUUAUACCACAAGGCUAAGGAGAGACUUGGUUACGGUCAAGCCUUGAAAGCCACCGUUGAAGAUGUAGAUUUGGCUCUAGAUAAUGCAGCUGAAAAUGGUCACAUCGAGAUUGUUAAACUGUGCAAAGAGUGGGGUGCGACGAAUUUUAAUGGGACCAUUAAUAAGGCAGCUGAAAAUGGUCACAUUGAGAUUGUUAAGAUGUUCAAAGAGUGGGGUGUGACAGAAUUUGAUAGGCCCAUGAUACGUGCAGCUGAAAAUGGUCACAUUGAGAUUGUUAAAUUGUGCAAAGAGUGGGGUGCGACGAAUUUUAAUGGGACCAUGAGCCUUGCAGCUGAAAAUGGUCACAUUGAGAUUGUUAAGAUGUGCAAAGAGUGGGGUGCGACAGACUUUAAUUGGGCUCUACGAAAUGCAGCUGAAAAUGGUCACAUCGAGAUUGUUAAACUGUGCAAAGAGUGGGGUGCGACGAACUUUAAUAGGGCCAUGGGACUUGCAGCUGAAAAUGGUCACAUCGAGAUUGUUAAACUGUGCAAAGAAUGGGGUGCGACAUACUUUAAUGAGGCCAUGAGACUUGCAGCUGUCAAUGGUCACAUUGAGAUUGUUAAACUGUGCAAAGAGUGGGGUGUGACAGACUUUAAUUGGGCCAUUCUUAAUGCAGCUGUCAAUGGUCACAUCGAGAUUGUUAAACUGUGCAAAGAGUGGGGUGCGACAGAUUUUGAUUGGGCCAUGAACCUUGCAGCUGAAAAUAGUCACAUCGAGAUGGUUAAGAUGUUCAAAGAGUGGGGUGCCACAGACUUUAAUGGGGCCAUGGCACUUGCAGCUGAAAAUGGUCACAUCGAGAUUGUUAAACUGUGCAAAGAGUGGGGUGCGACGAACUUUAAUAGGGCCAUGGGACUUGCCGCUGAAAAUAGUCACAUCGAGAUGGUUAAGAUGUUCAAAGAGUGGGGUGCCACAGACUUUAAUGGGAAAGUGCAGCUGUCAAUGGUCACAUCGAGAGCGACAGAUUUUGAUUGGGCUCUAGAAAUGGCAGCUGAAAAUGGUCACAUCGAGAUUGUUGUAUUGCUGCGUGGUUUUGAUGUCAUUCAUGAUGAAUUGCUGCGGCAUGAUCACAAGCGUAAUUUUUAUGCAAAACUAUGGAAUGAGGUAAUGCCAGUGGCGUGGCAUCCGGAUCGAUAUUGGAAUUGGUGUUUUGAUGAAGAAGAAAAGCGCGAGAUAUCUAAAUUAUGGAAGUAAUGUCC